GCAGGGCCGAGCGGCUGGGCGGUGGCAGUACGCGAUCCUGUCGACACUCUUGGGCCAUGGUAGUGGUGGCAUCCGCGCAGAGCCCAGCCUCCGGGGCUCCCAAAGUGCUUCUGCUGUCCAGCAAGCCCACCGCUGCCGCCGGAGCGCCGGCCGGCCGGAAUGUGCCACUCAUGCUGCCGGCCGGCCAGCGAGGGGCCGGCCCAGAGGCAGAGAGCGGGGGUCCAACCCAGGCUCGAAAGCGACAGCGCCUCACACACCUGAGCCCCGAGGAGAAGGCACUGCGGAGGAAACUGAAAAACAGAGUAGCAGCUCAGACUGCCAGAGACCGAAAGAAAGCUCGAAUGAGUGAGCUGGAACAACAAGUGGUAGAUUUGGAAGAAGAGAACCAAAAACUUUUGCAAGAAAAUCAACUUUUACGAGAGAAAACUCAUGGCCUUGUAGUAGAGAACCAGGAGUUAAGACAGCGCUUGGGGAUGGAUGCCCAGGUUCAGGAUGCUACAGUAGAAGAGGAGAAGGAGACCAAGGGGGAUGAAGCGAGGCCGGUGGCCGGGUCUGCUGAGUCCGCAGCACUCAGACUACGUGCAUCUGCAGCAGGUGCAGGCCCAGUUGUUGCCCCUCCAGAACAUCUCCCCAUGGAUUCUGACGGUGCUGACUCUUCGGACUCUGAGUCUGAUAUCUUGUUGGGUAUUCUGUUCAACCUGGACCCAGUCAUGUUGCUCAGAUGUCCUUCUCCAGAGCCUACCAGCGUGGAGCAGCCCCCAGAGGUCUACCCAGAAGGACCCAGUUCCUUACCGGCCUCCCCUUCUCCAUUACUGGGGACGUCAUCAGCCAAGCUGGAAGCCAUUAAUGAACUGAUUCGUUUUGACCAUGUAUAUACCAAGCCCCUAGUCUUAGAGAUCCCCUCUGAGACAGAGAGCCAAGCUAAUGUGGUAGUGAAAAUUGAGGAAGCACCUUCCAGCCCCUCAGAGAAAGAUCUCCCUGAAUUAACUGUCGCAGUGAAGGAAGAACUUGUAGAAGAUGACUUCAUUCCAGAGCUGGACAUCCCAGAUGUACUUUCAUCCAGCCACUGCCUGAAGCCAUCUUCCUGCCUACUGGAUGCUUACAGUGACUGUAGAUAUGAGGGCUCUCCUUCCCCUUUCAGCGACAUGUCCUCUUUGCUUGAUGCAGACCAUUCUUGGGAGGACAGCUUUGCCAAUGAGCUUUUCCCCCAGCUUAUUAGUGUCUAAGGAAUGAUCCACUACUACCCUUUUCCUUGACUAUUACACUGCCUGGAAGAUAGCAGAGGCGCCUUUUUGUGCUUCAUCCAAAAGCCAAAGUAGAAGGUACAUAGUGAAGAAUUUGUCUAUUCAAACCUCACAGGUCACCCCAGGUAUUAUCUUUUGACAUUCAGCAGUGUGCAAGGUACUUUGAUACAGUACAAUAAUGCAAAAUUACAGCUUUUGAGGUUGUACCUUGAGGGCAGCAGUUUGCCCUAAAAUACUUACGUAGAGGACAUCAGACAGGGAAUUUAUAAGUGGCCCUUUAUCAUUUCUCCCUUCUCAGCAUCCCAGGCUUGCCUCCAAUUUUAGGUCCUUUAGUUUGCUUCUGCAAGCAAAGAGAAACCUACCUGAGGGGGCUCCUUUUCCCUCAUGUACAGUUCCAGUAAAGAUCAAGAAUCUUUUAUAAAGCUAUAGAAAUUUACUAUGUAAAUGCUCGAUGGCAUCUUUCCCUGCUAGUAAAACUUCUGAAGGUGCUUUCUCCAUUUAUUUAAAACUACCCAUGCAAUUAAAAAGUGCAAUGCAG